CACCAAAGACAUUUACACUAAACGCGAUAAGCCGAGUAGGCCCACUCUUCUCCACACUUUGUUAGCGCCAGUGAAAUCUGACCAAAAGUACGGAAUUGUGAUGCUGAGCAAUCUUCUCAGCAUACCGAUACAUGCCACAAAAAGCUGAGUCUUAUUAGGUACUCAGUCCAGCUUGGUAUCGAUGUCAAGGUCACCUCUCUCAUGAUAUCACUUCAACCAAACAAUGCUCGAUAUUCUCUGUGCUACUUUUUUGGAAACGCUUUCUUUUGCUUGUCUUUCUUGUGGUCAAGAAUGCCGCUCUGCUCGUGAUUCUUCCGGCUGCUGUCAGACGUGCUGCUCGCCAUGCGCUUCUUGCUGUUGUAAGUCUUCAAUGGAAUCGCAAGAAGGUCGCUUGAGGCUGGAGGAAGAUGCAACCGAGAACAAUAAUCCAACCAUCACCCAACAGCCAAGAUGGAGCGCACAAGAGGCAUUAAGGAAUUGGAAAUGAAUUGAACAUUGAUUGUUUGAAAAAUGAUACACUGU